UUCAAAUGUGGGAGAUAUGUCAAGCUGCCCCACGCCAGCCUGAACCUAUAACAUGUGGUGAAGUCAUCAUUCAGUUCAUUGUUAGUUUAACGGUAGGAGGAAACCAUGUCCAUCACACCUUUCACAAUGAAGGUUCUAGAGCAAUGCAGCAUCACUCCCCCUCCCACCACAGCUCCACUUUCCUCUUUGCUUCCCCUAACCUUCUUUGACAUUCCUUGGCUUUUCUUCUCUCCAAGCCAACCCUUGUUUUUCUAUGAAUUCCCUCACUCAACCUCUCACUUCACAGCCACAGUACUCCCUAAACUAAAGCAAUCUCUCUCUCUCACACUUCAACAUUACUACCCUUUUGCUGCCACAUUCACCCCCUCUUCUGAUCUCACCAAACCCCAUCUCAUUUGCACUGAUCACAUGUCAGUUGCAUUCACAAUCACUGAGUCAAAUGGAGACUUUAAGCACUUUUGUAACAAUCACCCUAGAGAUGCCAAAGAUUUCCACUUACUUUUGCCCAAAUUGGCAUCAAGCUUUCCACAUCAAGGUAAAGAACAUUUUUUUCCUUUACUAGCUAUUCAAGUAACUUUGUUCCCAAAUGCUGGUGUUUGCAUUGGCUUUGCUUUUCACCAUGUUGUUGCUGAUGGGAGGACCUUCCACAAUUUCUUCAAGACAUGGGCCUCGUAUUGCUGCAGCUUUGGAUCAGCUUCAGCAUUUUUUCCACCAGAAUCACUUCCAUUGCGUGAUCCAAGUGUGAUUAUUGAUGCAAAGGGCCUUGAAGAGGUUUUCCUGAAAGAAUGGAGAAAAAGAAGACUAGUGCAGGACAUUGCCAUUGGUAGAGAACCCAAAUUAGUAGAUCUCUCAGUGAAUAACCAUGAAGACCAUUCGUACUUUGGGUUCAUUGCUGGUGGCAUAACUAGAUUGGACUAUCCAGUUCCAAUCACAUAUUUGGGUAAUUGUGUUGGCUUUGGUAGGGCAUCGGUGAGAAGAAAAGAGUUACUUGGAGAAGAUGGGAUUGUUAUUGCAGCUAAAUCAAUUGGAAGUACAAUUAAGAAGCUUGAUGCAUCAAUUUUUGCUGGAGCAGAGAAAUGGAUUUCGGAUUGGGAGGUGUUGCAUGGGUCAGAGCAACAUGUGCAUGCUACCUGGUCUCCAAAACUGAAGCUUUAUGAAUUAGAUUUUGGGUGGGGGAGGCCCAAGAAAAUAGAGGAGAUAUCAAUUGAUUAUACAGGAGCUGUUUCACUUUUACAAAGCAGAGAUGUUGUGGGUGGAAUUGAGAUAGGCUUGGCUUUACCCAAGAGUAAGAUGGAUAUUUUCUCCAUGUUGUUCACUAAAGGACUUGUUACUCUUCCAUGAGCCACUGUUAACUUUUGUUGAUCCAUGUAUCUUGUAUCCAGUUUAUUUUAUUUUGUGAGGAAA